AUGAGAGCUACAUUUAACAAACGAUACAUGAUCCAAAAGAUGUUCAAGGGAGGAUUGCUACGACCCCCAUGUGUUGAGCUUAGUUCGGUUAGCCUAAAGUUCAAAGGGAAUCUCGCGUCUUCAAAUGAGGUUCUGAAGGCUUUAGAAACCCUUGCCCAGGCACUAAACGAUGUCACGACCUAUGGCGGUCUAGAUGAAAAGCUUGCUGAAUACGCUUUCUUCCCAUUAUCUCAAAUAUUCAAUGAGAGUCAGCGUAUCUCCGCUCAAUGCGUUGAGCUGGCUGUCAAAUGUCUACAGGUCCUAGUUGAAAAAGGAUGGCGUGCAAAGCUUUCUCCCCAGCUGGGCAAGCAGUUGCUCAUUCUGAUGACGCUUAUCUCUGGGGGCCCUCCUACCCAGAGCCAGAGUCAAGGCUCCUCAACCCUUGCUAGACCACGGUCAGAGGAGCUGAUUGUUGCUGUUUUUGACUGUGUUUCCUCCUUGUGCCGUGCGUUACGUGGGCCAGAGGCGGCAUCCUCCAUUUUUAACGAGGUAGGGUCUACUACUAUUAUAGACCAGACUGUCUAUGUAUUGCUUGAAGGGGUUGUGGACGGCGCCUCGGAUGCAAUUCAGAAAUCCGCUGCCACGGCCUUGAAUGCGUUACUAUCGCGUAUAACGGAUAGAGUUGUGUUGGCCAGCCUUCUGCCUCGAACCGUUUCUACUCUUACCAAAACGCUUCGUACAACCUCCCAGUCUCGUCGGUCGUAUAAACUUCUAUGUGUCUGCCUAGACGCUCUUACACUGAAUGUCAGAUCGGUUUUGAACGAUUCGGUUGUUUCUUCAACGAACGCCAAUACUUCAAAGAAAACCGAAACGGGGCCCCUCGUCCUUGAUCAAUCAUGGCUUAAUGCGACUGUAUCUCAGAUUAAGCUAGCCCUUUCAAAUGUCAUUCGACUAAGGAACCAUGAGAAGGCUGAAGUCCGCCAUUGCCUACUAGGUCUGUGUUUGAUGGUGUUAGAGGACUGUCCAAAGUCACUAGCAGAGUCCUUAUCGAUGAUGGUCGAGACUAUUGUGGUUCUAGCGCAUAUCGAUGGCGACGAGCUUGAUAAUGAGGCCUACAAUGCUUUGAAGCAUCUUUUAACUUGCUCCGAGACCGUCUUGGGAAUUCUUAAAUCGAGCUUGCAUUCGUGGAUAGUUGCACUCCCUCGAGUUAUGCAAUCCACUGAUGAUGCUGCGAAACAUCGAGCUAUAAGACAGAUAUCCACCGCUUUUCAGGCGUUGUCGGACAUCCAGGUUAAAUCCGAUAUUCUCGAUGAUACCAUGACAAUGAGUUUGCAUGACAGUGUAUCUAAUAUAAUCCUGUCCUCCCCCAAGUCUCCACAACCGCUGGGCACUUCUAUAGAUUCUGCGCUAGAAACUCUUGGUAUCAGCAGCGAUGCCCAUUCCAACUCGUUCCAGCCGAUAAUACUCGAACGACAGAGCCAAAAGGAGACUCUCUCCGAAAUCCAGACCAUGAUAGCCAGGUCAGGCAACGCCAAUACAUCCUACAGCAUGACCAGGUCCAUGCUAAAUAAGCUUUACCAGUCCUCAGGCGACUCUUUUGUGUCAUCAUUCUGGUUAACGUUGUCCUUCCUGAAAAGCACACCCCCGGACAUUAUCAUGAGCGAUGAUAUACUUGAUCUAGGCCCCGGACCUUCAUCGCCUUCGCGGCCGCAAUUAAUUGAAGAAUUAUACUCUAUGGCCCUGCCAACUCUAACAGAUUUGCAGGUCUCAGAUUCUAAUGACUGGCGCACCCCUGCUCUUGCCCUUGAGGCAGUCGCUCUACAAGCCGGACAGCUGCAGGAGACUUUUCGACCCGAGUUAAUUGACACUCUAUACCCGAUACUCCAACUGAUGGGAUCUAAUAAUCCGAUUCUACAAAACCAUGCAAUGACUUGCCUUAAUAUAGUCACCGCAUCCUGCAAUUACCCGGAUGCAAGCACAUUGGUUAUUGAGAACGUUGACUAUUUAAUUAAUUCCGUGGCCUUGAAGCUUAAUACUUUCGACAUUUCACCUCAAGCUCCUAGGGUUCUGCUCAUGAUGAUAAAAUUAUGUGGUUCUCGCUUAAUUUCACAUUUAGAUGAUGUUAUAGGCUCCAUUUUUGCUGUCCUUGAUGCCUUCCAUGGUUAUCCCAAACUAGUCGAACUUUUGUUCGGCGUAUUGGGAGCGAUUGUUGAUGAAGGAGCAAAAAAGCCUACAUUUCUUGCGAUCUCGAGCGGAGACGAGGGUACACUGCACCAACGCCCAAGGAUGUCACCACAACCCCGAUCAGUUUCUAGUAUUGCAUCCUGGUUCAAAGAAAGACGUGAAAAACGCACAAGGGAGCUAAAGAUUGAAAGGAGUGACCCAGAGACACUAGAACCCCAUCCAAAGAAACCCUGGGCCCCUAGCCCAGCUACUCCAGCAGAUGAAGCGGACGAAAUGGACACGAACUCUCAAGCUGAUCAAUCUGAACAGCCGCAAGAGCCUGAAGAAAAGCCAUUAAGCAAACCACACGCACUAUUAUUAAACAUCAUAAAAUCCAUACCUCCUCACCUCUCUUCGCCAUCCCCGUUUUUACGACGAUCGCUUCUCUCAAUCCUAACGCGCGGUCUUCCCGUUCUAGCACAGAAUGAGAAGAGCUUCUUACCUCUAAUCAACGACAUCUGGCCUUCUGUGAGCGCUAGAAUCACACUACCAUCCCAAGCAGGAAAGGAGAUUCCAUCGUUGUCAACAUCUAUAAAAGAGCAGAAGACACAUUUUGAUGAUUCUGGUAUACAAGAGGAAACAUUCGUCACAGUUGCCUCUUGCACGGCCAUCGGCACCAUGUGCAAGGGAGCAGGAGACUUCAUGUCCUCUAGGAUCGAGCAUGAGUUCCCCAGAUGGGCAAAGCUAUAUAAAAUCUCGUGGAGCCAAGUUAAUGAAGACGCCAAAAAGGUAGCAGAACGGCACCGUCAGCAACUAGCUAAAAAGAAAAUACAAGAUAAAGAAUCACCCAGCAAUACCACGUCGAGAGGGAUAGUUAGGGUAAUAGACGACUCCAGUCAGCUCUCACCACACCCAGGAUUUGCGAUAACCAAAUCGUUCACCCAUCACCAUUCAAUUUGGAAAGCACUUACGUCGCUAUACACCACAAUCUUAUCAAACGUCAGGUUACCUGCAGACAUUGGCGAUAAUAUCUGCUACUCUCUGGGGGAGUGGAUAACGUUUUUCCAUCCAGAAUUAUAUUCAGCCAAUACAUGGCAAGUCGAGGCGGGGGAUGGCACCUGUACCCCCCAGGGCAAUCUUGAUAAAGGAGACAUAGAUAACGAAACCAGAUGGAGCCAAGGAACCCUCGAGGAGGCCAAGCGCGCCCUUCGAGCUAUGAACUCUUGGAAUCCUGAUUUGACUUGGUUUAUAUGCAUGCAAGGCAUGGUAGGGCACCUGGGCUACCAAAAGCCUAACCCUGAUCGAGGCACAGAAUUAUUGAAGGGGACUGUGGUUGAGAAGAUGAACCGUGAAUUAGCGCGCCUGGGAAGUGAUGUUGACCUAGUAGACAGUCGGUGGAAAUUUACAGAGCUCGUGUUUUGA